GCUGUGCUGCUGAUGUGGCCGGAGGCGGAGCUACGAAGAAGGGAUACGGGAAGAAAUCUGUGGGAUCUAAGCCGUGCAGGAGAGCCCUGAGAAGAGUGGGUGCACGUCCAGGGUGAUCCGGGGAGAGGCCGGAGUCAGCUCGGGAUGUUUAGCCGUCUUUCUGGCAUUGCCAACACAGUCCUUCAUGAGCUUUCUGGUGAUGGCGAAGGAUCUGAAGACACAAGGGACCCCGACCCUGGACCAGCAUCUGGAACUGGGGAGGACCUGUCAGAAGACCAGAUGGAAAGACUGGCGCAUUAUGAGCAGCUGGUGGUGCAGCUAAAAGAGUUGAUCCAGCAGAAGGACGUGGAGAUACACCACAAAGAUGCAGAGCUUCAGCAGAAGGAAAGCCAGAUCAAGUUGGAGAGAGAAGCUUCAGAUGCAAAAUUUGCAAAGCUGAAACUUCAGGCGAAAGCUAAAGUGACAACUCUGAACAAGCAGAUUGAAGAACUCAGGAGGACAGCAGCUGAUCAGACAAGCCAAGAGGGAGGUGACGCAAAAAAACGUAAUGGACAAAAUGAGUCAACAAAAAGCGUAGAGUUUAACGAAGAUACCAACUCAAAGCUCCAGGAUAACAUUAAUGAACUUACAAGACAGCUACAUGAGAGUCAAAGUACCAUCAGUUUAGUCACAAAACAGCUUUCAGAAAGUCAAGAAACUAUUGCUGGCCUGACAAAACAGCUUCAAGACAGUCAAGAAAGUGUGCAGGAGCUUACAAAAUCCCUCCAAGAAAGGGAGGAUGCUGCUAAAAGUCUUCAGGAGAAGCUAGAGCUUGAAACUCAACAACUACAGAGGACACUGGAGGAAAAGAAUGAAGGUCUCCACUCUCGCAAUCAGGUAGUGGAGAUGUUGGAGCAAGAACUACAGAGUGCUGAACUACAGAAGCAGGUUCUGUCAGAGCAGUUUCGCGAGAUGGAAAAAGAAUUGAUGUCUCUGCAAGAAUCUCUAGAUGUUGAACAAAAAGAAAGUUCUCAACAAGCUGCAUUGUACAAAGGCAUAGCGGAGGAGAAAGAUAUUUUAUGCCAGCAGUUACAGGAAGCUCUUGAUAAAGAGAAAGAUGCAGCAAGUGAAAUAGAAUGUCUGAACUCACAACUGGAGAAAGCAAAACAGCCACUGGGCUCUACACCACCGCCAGAUUUGGAACAAAUCCGAGUAGAACUACUAGGCGCACAAGAGGAGCUAGAAAGAUUACGAGCAGAGCUAGAGAAAGAAAAAGGAGCUCAGGCAGAGUUACAGCAAUUAAGACCAGAGCUUGAAAAUAAGAAGGGUGCCCAGGAGGAGUUGCAGCAGCUACGAGAAUUGCUUGAAAAGGAGAAAGGUGCCCAGGAGGAGUUACAGCAAUUAAGAGCAGAGCUUGAAAGAGAGAAGGGUGCCCAGGAGGAGUUACAGCAACUAAGAGCAGAACUUGACAAGGCAAAGGGUGCCCAGGAGGAGUUACAGCAACUAAGAGCAGAACUUGAGAAGGCGAAGGGUGCCCAAGAGGAGUUGCAGCAACUAAAAGAACAGUUUGAAAGGGAUAAGGGUUCCCAGGAGGAGUUGCAGCAACUAAAAGAACAGUUUGAAAGGGAUAAGGGUGACCAGGAGGAGUUGCAGCAGCUAAGAGCACAGCUUGAAAGAGAGAAGGGUACCCAGGAGGAGUUACAGCAACUAAAAGAAGAGAUGGAAAAGCAGAAUGGUGCCCAGGAGACGUUGCAGCAACUAAAAGAAGAGCUUGAGAAAGGUGUUCAGGAGGAGUUGCAGCAACGAAGAGAAGAGCUGGAAAAGCAGAAUGGUGCCCAGGAGGAGUUGCAGCAACUAAAAGAAGAGCUUGAGAAAGGUGUUCAGGAGGAGUUGCAGCAACGAAGAGAAGAGCUGGAAAAGCAGAAUGGUGCCCAGGAGACGUUGCAGCAACUAAAAGAAGAGCUUGAGAAAGGUGUUCAGGAGGAGUUGCAGCAACUAAGAGAACAGCUUGAAAAGCAGAAGGGUGCCCAGGAGGAGUUGCAGCAACUAAGAGCAGAGUUUGAGAACGCAAAUAGUUCCCAGGAGGAGUUGCAGCGUUUAAAAGCAGAAUUGGAACAGCAGAAAGAAACCCAAACCCAGAUGCACAUUGAGCUGGAAAGGUUGAAGGAAUCUAAUGAAGAGUUGUUGGUUAAAGCGGAAGGAGGUGAGCAAGAUGCACACAAUAGAAAUGAACAUGAUGAACAUAAUAUGGAAAUUGAAGGUUUGAAAACUGAGUUAGAAAAGGGUAAAAAAAGGCAAGACAAGUUGUCCAGAAUGAAGGAAGAACUAAAAAGAGUGAAGGAUUCCCUUGAGGAAUUUGAUCAUGUGAAAGAAGAGAUUGAAAGAGGGCAGAAAACAAUAAGUGAAUUGGAGAGGAUGAGAAAGGAGGUGGAAAGAAUAAGGGAAGCGGAGACUGAAAUAAAUACAUUGCAAGAAGGACAACAGCUUGUGAAAAAACAGCAAGAGCAGAGUAAUGUGGAAUCUGAAAAUCUUAGUGGACAGGAAUUAACUCGAGAGGAUCCAGCAAGUGGUGAAAAGGACUUGCAAACAGGUGAAGAUUCUGAUGCCAUAUCUACAGGAAGUUAUCAGGAAUCAGUAGUGAGUCACCAGGUGUUGCAGUCCACUAUUUUGAAUGUACAGACAAAUUUAGUAUCUCAAGAGCUUGUUCUUGAUGUUGCCAUUGAAGAUUUAAAGGAGAAGCAACUGUCUAUCCUCAUGAUGGACCUACUAGAUACUCAGGAAGAAAUUAAUAAGCUGAAAGGAGAACUGCCGGUGGAAGAAAAUCUAAAUGAACCAAGUGCACUAAAUGAGCAGGCCAUAGAAAAGAGUAAAUAUAUAUCAGAGGAAGCUGACACGUACAUUCAGACACAUGACUCUUCUGAUCUCAAAUACCAGAGUAUUAAUGCAGACAAAGAUAAUGCAAUUAUUUCAUUGAAAAAUACAGUUGCUGAGCUCCAAAAUCAAAUUGAGACUAUAACAUCUGAGAAGGCGCAAAUCUCAUUAAAGUUUGAGACACUUGUAAAUGAACAGACUACAGCUCAAAAAGUGCAGGCAUCAAUUGAACGUUUGGAGAUUGAAAAUCAACAACUGACUGACUAUGAAAGCCAAAAUAUACUUUUAGAACAAUUAAAGAGUUUGGAAAAUGAGUCCAAGUCUAAAGACUUAAAGAUCACUGCUUUACAGAAAGAUCUAGACCAUAUGAAUAUUCUACUGUCUGAGCGGAGUGAACUUUCAAAGCUACAAGAAAACCAGUUGGAAGAGAAGGAACGACACAUGGAAAGCCUUAAGGAGAUACUUGGCCUUAGUCAAAAUAAAGAGGUGAGACUGUCUGAGGAACUUGCAAAUAAUGAGCGUGAAAAAGUCUUACUUCAAGAACUGCUUUCACAAAAAACUAUAGAAAUUCAAGGCUUUCUAGAAUCCAUUUCAGAGAAGGAUCGACAAGUUGAAGAGAUAAGCCUCAGCUUUUCUGAUAAGGUGGUCCUUCUAAAUGAGGAGAAAUAUUCCAUGAGUAAGCAGAUAAAAACCUUGAAGGAACAGCUGAACUCAACCAUCCAGGAUCAAGGGGAGGGCGAAGAAUUACUACAGGCAUUGAGAAGAGAAAAUAUAGAAAUACAUUUACAAAUAGAAAAGAUAGCUAAAGAGAAAUGUCACCUUCAGGAAAUGUUUGAAUCUGUUCAGAGUGAGCUUGGUGAGUUGAACAGUCAGUUGGAAACUGUAAAAUUGAAGCAUUCCGAGAGCCAGGAAAUUAUUAAAUUUGCCCAGGAAGAGCGAGAAGUGCUGCAGAUAAAAUUACAAGAUCAGAAAAAUGAACUCUUGAAGAAACAGAAGGAAUUUGAAGAGCUGCAUAUUCAGUUAGAUACUCAAAUGAAUAACUAUGUACAGCAGCUGCAACUCCUAACGGAACAACAACAGAGUAGUUUGGAAGUUAUUGAUAGUUUGCAACGUGAAAAGACUGCAUUAGAGAAUCAGUUACAGGCUUACCUAAACACAUCAGAACAUGAGGUAGAAUUAAAAGAAAAAGAGGAACUUCAGGCUCAACUAGAAGAUCAUAAAAAAGAGAUUGAGCAGCUGAAAAGAAAGUUACAAGCCUCACUAGUUAGCAAAAAAGAGCUGAAUCGCAAAAUCUCUAAACUAGAGAAACAAACUGUUAACCGUGCAGUGAACCAAGCCAAAGACUUUACUAGCAGUGUUGAUCCGGAUGUAAAAUCCCUUGUUGAAGAGGUAUCUGAACAAAGCAUCAUCGAAGAUAGUCUAAAACAGCAACUGAAUGAAAGAGAAUCUGACCUGGAAACUUGUCGUAAAGAACUGGCUGAAAAAAGUGCAGCUAAUGAGCAGUUUCAGAACUUGAUUGAAGAAUUAACUUUAGAGCUAAGAGAGAAAUCAAAACAGAUUGAGUCUUUAAAAAGUGAGCAGACAGAGAGACCUUCAGCAGAAUCUCCUCUGUCAGAUGCAGUAAAUGCUGAGAUUAACGAGACAAGAAUUCAACUUGAAAACCGAAUCGCAACUCUUGAGCAAGACAAAGAGAUCUUGCAGAAAAAAGUUCAGGAGGUUGUGAACUCUCGCAGAGAUACCAUUAAAAAGGCACAAGAAAAAGACCGCCACCAUCGUGAACAGCUAAAGCAGCAGAAAGAAGAAUUUAAUUUAUUGCAAGAAAAGUAUGAAAAACUACAAUUAAAUCAAAGGGAACAUCAGACUGAUGAAGUAGUCCUUGAAGAAAGAGAUGCACAAAAUGUAAGGCCAUGUAUAUCAGGAAAGCCACAAAAUACUAAUAUAUCUGAACAUCUUAUUUCCAUAUCUAUUUCACAGGAUAAUUCUGAAGAAUCACAUUGGGGAAAGGAAUGGGUAGAUUUUUCAUCUGCAGACAUGGAGGGCCCUGUGGCUGACAGGUCAGCCAUUUUGGAUUUGACAGUUAAAAACCACGAAAUGCAGAUUGAAGUCCUUCAGUCCCAGAAAAAUGAACUGGAAUUAAAUGCUUUACAACUAGAAGAUAAAAUAAAGGGCCAUUUGGAAGGGAUUACACAUCUGCAGGAUAGCAUAGACCAAUUAACUAGAGAACUACAAAAUGAGAGAGAGAAAAAUUUGAAUUUAGAAAUGCAGGCAUCCACACUGAAAGCAGAACUGGAAAGCAGUAACCAGGAAAUAUCUCAACUAAAUGAAGUUACAAUCAGGAAUUUAAAGGAGGAAUUAAUGAGGAAGAAAGAGGAGAUUGGACAACUUCAUCAGGAUUUGGAAGUUGUAAAUGUAUCUCUUAAGAAUGGAAAUAUGUUGUUGGUCGAGAAAGCUGAAGUUAUAUUGUCCCUUGAAUCUCAGCUAGAGGUUCAGACUAAAGAGUAUGAAGCACACCACAGAAGACUUGAAAUGCAAUCUCUCGAAUCGCAAAAUAAGCAGGAAGAAGAGGUGGCUGAAGCAAAGGGCAAGCAACAGCUUCAAAGAAAGCUUCAGGCUGCACUGAUCUCUAGAAAAGAAGCACUGAAAGAAAAAAAGGCUUUGAAACUAGAAUUGGACACUGUUAUGAAUCUUAAGGUUGACCUGUCCAACAGACUACAGCUCUCGGAGGGUUUGGUUAACCAACUAAAUGUUGACAAAGAUACAUUGCUUCAGAAAGUAUCUGCUCAGAAAGUAGAGAAGGACCAGCUUAUUGCUGAAAUUGACAAACGUUUAUUGGAAAACCAAAAUUUGGAAGCUUCAUGUGAAAGCCUAAAACUUGCUUUGGACAGUAUAACACAAGAUAAAGAUGAUUUAAGGAAAGAAUUGGAAUCCUUGAAGUUGUCUCAAAAUUCUCAGCUAUCUGAGUUGCAAGAAAAACUUACAGACUUGCAGAAGGAGUAUGAGACACUACUACAGUCUUAUGAGAAUGUGAGCAAUGAAACGGAUAGGAUGAAGCGUGCAGUAGAAACGGUGAGACAGGAAAAGCAAGAGUUAUUUAGUAAAAUAAAAAGUGUGGAGACUGAAAAGAAACAAGUAGAGAAUCAGGUGGAGGAGGCAGAACAAGAAAUUGAAAAUAUGAAAGAAAAAAUGAGGAAAUUUGCUAAGUCUAAGCAGCAAAAAAUACUUGAAUUGGAAGAAGAAAAUGAAAGAUUAAGGGGAGAAUUGCAACCAGCAGUGGGGGAGCAGACGUAUAAUGCAACUGAUGCAGAAAAUUCCAGACUAAAAGAAGAGAUUAGUAAGGUCCACUCGGAAAACCAUAGCCUAACACUUCAGUUAAAACAAAUAAAGUCUGAAAAAGAUAUGGUAGCUCAAGAAAUAGAAUUGUUAAGAGUCCAGUUACAUAAUGUUGAGUCUCAUGUACAAAUGAGUCAGCUGGAGCAUACAUCUGAAAUACACGAAGAUGUCGUUAUUGAAAGUAAGGUUGAGACGGCUUGUGCACAACUUCCAGGAACUGAAGAGGUAAUUGAAGAACAACAGGCAUCUGUAGAGCUGGCUUCAAAAUAUGAGAUAAACCAACAACAAGAAGCCUUAGAAGAAAAUCUACAAAUGAAAGAACUGAUCAGGAAGCUAGAAAGUGAUAUCAUGAUGAAGCAAAAUGAAAUAGAGCGUAUGGAUGGAGAAAUAAAGGUUUUGAUAGGUGAUAAGUUUAGCUUGGAGACUCAGCUGACAGAUUUACAAAGUAGGGUUACUAAUAUGGAAAUAGAAAAUGUAGAGCUUGAAAAGAAAUAUCAGAUAGCUGUUGGUGACCUGGGUGAAGUUAACAGGCAGAAAAAUGCCAUUGAACUUGAGAAGGAUGAGCUAGAAGAAAGGCUAAUGAACCAGAUGGCUGAGCUCAAUGGAAGCAUUGGUAAUUUCCAGCAAGAUGCUAUGGAUUUGCAAGUAAAAAAUAACAGUCUGCAAAAAGAGUUGAGAAACAUUAAACUCCAGUUAGAGGAGGAAAAACGACAGAUGGAAAGGCAGAAGAUUGAAGCUCUGUCAGAGGCACAAAAGGAAUAUGUGGAAAAGUUAAAAUCUGCAAAUCAGAGUGCAAAAGGUGGGAAAUCCCAGUCAAAGGAGCUUCAGGAGUUGCUCAAAGAGAAGCAGCAAGAAGUUCGACACUUGCAGAAAGAUUGCAUAAAAUAUCAGGAGAGUAUCAGUAGUUUGGAAAGGACAAUAAAAGCUCUAGAAUUUGAGCACAAUAAGUGUGAAAAAGAAAAACUAAUCUCUAAUGAUAGACUAAUGAAAGCAAUGGAGGACACAAACAAGGCUCAGAAUGAUCUAGCAUCUUCUCGUGUUCUGCUUGAUGACACACAGAGUGAGGCAGCAAGGGUCCUAGCUGAAAACCUGAAACUAAAGGAUGAAAUGCGGACAAUGACUGAAAAUACAACAGAAAUGCUGAAAAGGAAAGAGGAAGAUAUGGAAAGAAGACUUGAAAUAGAGGGAGACAAACAUGGGAAGCAAAUGGUUAAUUUAAAGGAGAAAAUGCAUGCACUGCAACAAGAAAAAGGCAACCUUGAGGCAUCUAUUGUGAACUUACAAAGCCGUAUAAAUGAAAAGGACCAGGAAUUAAAGGACUUACAAGGCAACUUAAAUCAAAAUAUAGCUAAGCUUGCAGCCUUUACUCGAAGCAUGUGUUCUUUGCAAAACGAUAGAGACCGUGUUAUAGAAGAGUCCAAAAAGUGGAGUGAGACGUUUACUAAUGCAAUGCAGAAAAAGGACCUUGACCUGAAUGACAAGGAGAAAGUUUGUUUGGAUCUUAAAAAUGAACUACUGCAUAUAACAUCACAGCUUGAAGAAUGUAAGGUUGAGGUAACCAGACUUCAAACAGAAAAUAAGGAACUUGUGAUAAGCGGGCAGACUGAAGCAGAAGCCCACCUAAAAUUGAAAGAUUCUCUGUUGGAAGAGAAAGCAAUUCUUUCAUCCUCUUUGGAGGAAGAGCAGAAGAGGCAAAGCGCUUGUCAGCAGGAACUGAGAUUGCGCACUCAGGAAGCAAAUGAUAGGCGUAAUCGAUUGGAUGCUCUGGAGGUGGAAGUAAACCAGAUUAAAUCUGAAAAUGAGAAUCUGCUGGAAUCAGUAAAAAGCUUAGAAGCAGAGGUCCAAAACUGGAAGUUGCACAAUGAGCAGAUUCAGAGUGAUCUACAGGCUUCCAAAUCACUUAUAGAACAGUUACACAGAGACCUAGAGCAGAAGGAGCAAGAUGUGGUGCAGUUGUUAAAUUCUCGUGAUGAAGCUGUGAGUAAAGCAGUUGGUGAACUGCAUGAUGUGCAUGCUAUUGAAUGCAGAACACUAGAAGAUAGACUCAAAGAAAGUGAGAGGGGGAGACUAGACAUGCAAGACAAAAUAGAAGAAUUAAAAACUCAAUUAAAAGCUGCGCAAGAAGAGUUUGACCGAAGUAAAGGCCAGCUGGAGUCCUUCACCAAGUCUAUGUGCUCACUACAGGAGGAGCGAGAACGCGUUUUGAGUGACUAUGAACAGUUAGAGCAACGGCAUCUUGAUGCAAUUCUUGCCAAAGAUGGCCUAAUUCAAGAGGCAGCAGCCGAGAGCAAUACGCUAUGUGAAGAAUUAAGACUGUUGCGUAGUCGUACUGAUGACUUAAAUGCACAAAAUGCUAAAUUGAAUGCUCAGCUAACUCGCUACCGGGAUGACUUGAAAGAGCUUAUUUCAUUGAAGGACUCCCAACUGAAGCAGCUCCUGGGUGAAAAAUUACAGGAGAUUGAAAAACUAAGACAUGAGCAAAGUAACCAAGAGCAGCAGUUGGUCCAAGAAAAAGGCCAACGAGAGAUUUUACAACAGGAGCUAGAUGAAAGCAAGUUAGAAAAGCAGAGGUUACUGGAAGAGGUUAAUAACCUAAAACUCAAUGUAUCUCAACUGCAAGCUGAAAUUGGGACCCUAGAAAAUCAGCUUAAACAGGCGAAGGAAGAGAUGCAGAUGUUGAAAGAUCAAUUGAUACAGAUGCAGAAGGAACUGGUACAGGUUCAAGAAGAAAGUUCUCGCAUACAGGUAGAAGCAGAACAGAGAGUGAAGAGUGCAGAAGAUGAACUGAGUAAGAAGUUGCAGAGCAUGCAUCAUGAUACUGGAAUCUUGCGUAAUGAGACAGAGACAGCAGGGGAACGAGUAGCUGAACUUGCAAGAGAUCUAAUGGAAUCUGAACAGAGGUUGCUAACUGCAAAUGAAGAAAUAUCUGGUCUUAAAGCUCAGCUCCAGGCAUUUAAAGGCUCAAUGAGGUCUUUGCAGGACAGUCAUGAUUUAGCUCAAGAAGAGAUACAAAGGCUGCAGGAGCAACUGAUGGACGUAUCUGUCCUGGAUACAGAGAUCAGUACCGUAAAGACAGAAAAGGACCGUCUCAGUACUAUGUUAUCAGAAAGCAAGGAACAGCAAUACACAUUGGAAAUGGAGCUUAAAGAUCUUACUAAAACUUUACAAGCUAGGGAAGAAGAAAUAACAAGAAUGGCGUCUGAACUUCACACCUCACAGACACAGCUGCAAAACAUGUCCAAAACAAUGGGUAAUCUGCAGGAAGAUCACAGUAGGCUGCAAGGCACCUUGAAGACCCCACGCAAAGAAGUUGAAAGGAGUUUGCAGAGUCCUUCCCAAAGAGAAACAAAGAUCUCUAAUAAUGAAGACAGCAAAUCGGGUGAAGAACUACAAAAGGUGCAGACAGAAGUGCAAAACUUACAGACUCAGCUGAGUGAAACACUUAAACAGGUGCACCUCAAGGAACACCGAAUCCAGCAACUGAACUCAAAGUUUUCUCAGAUAUUUGAGGAGAAAAAUGCUUUAUCUAUACAAUUGCGUGGAAGCAACCAGCAACUACGAGAUGCUAACAGUCGAUCUUCAUCUCUUGAACGACAGCUUCAGGAAUUGCAGCAAAAGAACUUGGAAACCUUGCCAACAACUGAUUCUGCCCCUGGAGCCCCACAGGAGAAAAAGGAACCACCAAUGGAAGCAGAUCAGCAACUCUUGGAACUCCAGGAAAGGUAUUUGGGAUUAAAGCAGCAGAAUACUGAGCAAGAACAAGUGAGAUCAGUCCUGGAGCAACAGCUGAGAGAGGAGCGCCAAAUAUCAGAGUGCAGGAUUCAGGAGCUGGAAGAAAAUCUAAACAGGCUUAGACCACAUGACUGGUCAACUUCUCAGGACUCUGCACCACAUGAGCUGUCAUUGCUAAUUGAAACCCAUGGAACUGCAAGUGUUAAGACACGAAGCUCGUCUUUACGGAGAUUUCUUCGGUUUUUCUUGUGUUCUCGCACCAAGGCCCCCCUUCUCUUUUCCGUUUACCUACUAGUCAUCCAUGCACUGCUAUUCCUCUGCUUUACUGGACACCUGUGAGUGAACAUGCCUCAAACUGCAAACCCUGGAGAGCAUCAGACCCUGCAUGCUGCAAUCCAUCAGGAAAUAAACUAAAACCACAAUUCGUGCCAAUCGAUAGAGCUGCUCUGUGGCAUCAGUACCUGAUGGUAAUAGACCAGGGCUACACCACAUAGUAUGAGCACAGGAAGCAGGACACGUGGAAUCCUGCCCGGUUCACCUUUGUUGCCUUCUCCACAACCCAAGCCUGACUUUUUGCUUCUUGUGAUUUUUUGAAUUUACCUUUUAUUCUCUUUGGGCAUUUUUUGGUCCUGACUUCCUCAUCUGCACCUUUUUCAGCAGUAUGAUUAUGAAACAUUGUAUGUUUGUCUGUAAAACCUUUUGUAUAAUUCUACCAAAUCUGCUAACCCCUUCAAGGAAUCAUUGAGGACUGAAGCAUAUUUAUUAUAAUUAAUGCACAAAGACCAAAACUUUUCGUUCCUGUAAAUGUUUUGUAUUGAUGACUUUAUGCAAAACGGCUCUCAACAGCUAAAAGGUUCUAUACUAAUUGAAAUGGCGGGCAUUUUAUUCUUUUCAUGUAGAUUCCCUUUCUUCAGUUUGAUGAUAUUUUAAUGGUAUACAAUACAAUGGGGGAGAUUUAUCAAAACUGGUGUAAAUGAAAACUGGCUUAGUUGCCCUUAGCUACUUUGUAAAAAUUAAAUUUGGAAUCUGAUUGAUUGCUAUGGGCAGAAUCUCCCACAAUGUCUUGUCAUAUUAGUGACUGUUUCACCCUCGGGCACAUAGAAAUGCAGUCUUCUGGAAGUGGCUUCCAUGUGCACAUGCAACUUCUGUAUAAAAAUAGGAAAAGCGUGGCCUCGUCAAGUGUAGAACUCAUAUAUGCAACUAUCUAAAAAAACAGAAGUUCUCUGUGAAUGCUGAAGGCAUGUCCGUAGGAUAGGACACCAUGGAAAUAUAUCCGAUUAUAGCUUUAUAAACUCUUUAUACGCUAAGUAUGUCAGCUUGCGGACACACAAUUGCCUCUCUUGCCUUUGAAUUCUUUACACAUAUUCUAGACCUCAUGUAACAUAACUGUCUGACCACAGCAACCAAUCAAGAACCUGGCUAUUAUUUUCUUAAAGUGUAAUUGCCAUUCUAUUUUUAUUUGUGUAAUGUAUAGGGGCAGUGACACUGACCAUUUUUGUAAUAUACUUUAAUU